ACUCUCCCUAUGAAGGACACAGACAGUGGAAUCCUCACCACCAUCUCCCACAUCCUCCUCCUGGGAUUUGGGGACCUCAAGGAACUGUGGAUCCUAUUCUUUACUGGCUUUCUAGCUGUCUAUAUCAUAUCCAUGGCUGCCAACCUCCUCCUGGUGGUGCUGGUGCUGGAUCCACAUCUCCAGACCCCUAUGUAUUUCUUCCUCUCCAGCCUCUCCUGCCUGGAGAUGGUCUCCAGCUCCAACAUCUCCCCUGUGAUUCUUGCUGGUCUCCAGGCAGGCAAUGUGAUGAUAUCUCUGGGCGGCUGCCUUGCGCAGCUCUAUCUCUUCGGCGCCCUGGCCACUGUGGAGUGCUUCCUGUUGGCAGUCAUGUCUUAUGACCGGUAUUUGGCCACGUGCCACCCACUCCACUGCGGACAGCUGGUGGUUGGGUCCUGGGUGGGCGGGUUCCUGUUCAUGGGGAUUGUGUCACUGUCGCUUAUAGCCUUGAGCUUCUGUGGGCCCUGUGAGAUAGACCACUACUUCUGUGAUUUCCAGCCCCUCCUGGAGCUCUCCUGCACCAACACCCCCAUGGUCCAGAUGGUCACAUUCUUCCUGUCUUUCAUCCCAGCCUCCCCAUUUCUCCUGACAGUCACUUCUUACAUUUGCAUCACCUGGGCUGUGCUGAGGGUCCCCUCUGCCUCAGGGAGGCGCAAAGCCUUCUCUAUCUGCUCGUCCCACCUCACUGUGAUGAUGCUGUUCUAUGGAACACUGGUGUACCCCAGGGAUGGCACUGGGCUGAACCCCAGAAAGGAGCUCUCCCUGCUCUACACAGUGCUCACCCCACUCCUCAAUCCCCUCGUCUACAGCCUGAGGAACCAGGAG